CUCUGAGUCAGCUGACUUUCAGUAAGUCUCCGUCAGUGGUGAGCUUGCGCCGCCGCCGAGGCUGUCCCCCUCCUCUUGGAAAGGUCAGGGGGAACUUGCCUUCCCUGAUUUCAGCCUGCAGCCCAGAGCAGGGGGCACCACCAUCCACCUGCUGCAGCUACAGGGCGCGUUGUGCCGAAGGGUUUUUCUCUCCUUGGCAAGCGUGAAGCCAGGGCAAAGGAUGAAAAGGAAAGCUGGGAACUAGUUCUACAGGAGUUCAACUAGUUCAAUAAACUGGAGCACAGAUGACUGCGGAGCAGAAAGCAGGCCUGCGGUGCUAUCGGCAGUACAUUGAGAAGAUACUGAAUCCUGCCUAUGUGCUGGGCAACAUGAAGGAAUGGCUCUCUGAUGAUGCCAAAGAGAGAAUUCAGACUGAAGAACAGAAGGAGGGGUUGACUGCUGCUGCGGCACUCUUCGUUGACUCUCUACUGCAGCUCGAAUCAGAAGGAUGGUUUCGGGGAUUUCUAGAUGCACUGAAUGCAGCAGGUUACACUGGUCUGAGAGAAGCAAUUGAAAACUGGGAUUUCCAAAAACUUGAAAGCCUGGAAGUACAUCGACAGCUGCUGAAACGUAUAGAAGCUACGAUGAGAGAAAUUGAUGCAGAACAGAUAAUUCCUUUCUUAAACACUUGUCUCAUAGACCGAGAAUGUGAAGAGAUUCUGCAGGUCAGAGAACUGAAAGGCAGAAUGGCUGGUGCAGUAAAGCUCAUUGAAUGCCUUUCUAGGUCAGACAAGGAAAACUGGCCCAAAACCUUUCAUCUAGCUCUAGAACGAGCAGGAUAUGACCCAGCAAGCAAACUGUGGAAUAUGAAAGAAGAUAAUGAUAAAGAGAUGGAUGUUGAGAUGAUGGAGGACCAGAAUGGGAACAGUAGUGCCUUGGACAUAAAUAUACAGUAUUCCGAAGAAGCAGAAGUUCACAACUUCAGUGAAAGUCCGUGUUCUCCUUCAGAAGUUUCUCAACAACCUACUUAUGGACCAAAGAAGCCUAGAUGUUAUCAGAUAGAGCUUGCCCGGCCUGCUGUCAGUGGGAAAAAUACAAUCAUAUGUGCUCCUACUGGAUCUGGGAAAACCUUUGUGGCACUUCUGAUUUGUGACAAUCAUUUCCAAAACAUGCCCAAGGAACAGAAAGGGAAGAUUGUCUUUCUAGCAACUAAAGUUCCAGUAUAUGAACAACAGAAAAAAGUCUUCACGCAACACUUUGAAAGAACCAGGUACAAAGUUGCAGGGAUUUCUGGGGAAACGGCUGGGGAUGUCUCUUCAGCAAGCAUUAUUGAAGGGAAUGAUAUCAUUGUCUUGACACCUCAGAUCCUUGUGAAUAGCCUCAAAGAAGGAACCGUUUCUUCCCUUGCCAUUUUCACUUUGAUUAUAUUUGAUGAGUGCCACAACACCAUUGGGAAUCACCCCUAUAAUGUGUUAAUGACCAGCUACUUGAACCUUAAAUUUGACUCCGCUGCGAAACAGCUGCCUCAGAUUGUUGGCUUAACAGCCUCUGUCGGCGUGGGCAGUGCCAAGACCCUCGAGGAGACGAAAGAAUACAUCUGUACCCUCUGCGCCUGUCUCGACAUACAAGUCCUAUCUACCAUCAGAGAGAACACACAGGAACUGGAGGAGAUUGUAUACAGGCCCAAAAAAUCUUUCAGACUAGUCGGGAAGCGCCCCCAGAACCACUUUAUGGACAUUAUCUCCGUCCUGAUGUCUGAGACUGAGGCCCUGGCAAGCAAGGUUUACCCAAUAGAUGCAUUGUCCCACAUUAAGAGUAAACGUUUCGGAACGCAAUGCUAUGAACAGUGGAUCGUUGACACUCAGAAGAAGUGCAGAAUGUUGCAACUGCCGGAUAAGAAAGAAGAGAGCAGGAUUUGUAGAGCUCUUUUUAUUUACACUGAACACUUACGGAAAUACAAUGACGCCCUCAUCAUCAACGAAGAUGCACGGACUCAGGAUGCGUUAGCCUACUUGACUGAAUUUUUCAAUGACAUUAGAAGUGGAGGGUUUGAUGAGAUAGAUCAACAGUUAACAGUGAACUUUGAAGCUAAACAACAGGAACUGAGAGAGGCCUCAGAAGAUGAACUGAAUGAGAAUCCCAAACUGGAGGAGCUCACCUUCAUCCUGAAUGAAGAAUACCGCCUGAAGCCAGAGACCCGCACCCUUCUCUUUGUUACCACAAGAGCUCUAGUAUCUGCUUUGAAGAAAUGGAUUUAUGAAAAUCCUACACUCAGCUACCUAAAACCAGAUACGUUGAUGGGGCGUAGCAAAAGAAACCAGCAAACAGGUAUGACACUCUCAAAUCAAAAGGGCGUACUGGACUCGUUCAAAACCAACAGCGACAGUAAGAUACUAAUAACUACAGCUGUUGCUGAUGAAGGGAUUGAUAUUGCUCAGUGCAACCUGGUUCUCCUCUAUGAAUACUCUGGCAAUGUCACCAAAAUGAUCCAAGUCCGAGGUCGUGGAAGGGCAAAAGAUAGCAAGUGCAUCCUUGUGACAAGCAAAAGCGAAGUGGCUGAGAAUGAGAGAAACAAUAUCUAUAAGGAGGAGAUGAUGAACAAAGCCAUUGAGCAGCUGCAGGAGUGGGAUGAGGAAAAGUUCGCAAGGAAGAUAAAUGACCUGCAAAACAAGGAAAAGACUAUGCGAGAUUCCAGAAAGAGAGGGAGAACACAAAAGCCCCUAGGGGGCAAUAGAAAAUUGCUCUGUGGGAAGUGCAAAGCAGAUGCCUGUAAUACAGAAGACAUCAGGGUUAUAGAGGAGUCUCACCACACAGUCUUAGGUGCCCUGUUUAAGGAACGUUUUCUAACAAAGCCUCACAAAAAACCAAGCUGCUAUGACAACUUUGAGAAGAAAUGUAAAAUGUACUGCCGGGACUCCAAGUGCCAGCAUGACUGGGGAAUUACAGUGAGGUACAAGACGUUCGAUGACCUCCCAGUGAUCAAAAUUGAAAGCUUUGUGGUGAAGGAUGUCACAACUGGGAAACUCUCAGUUUUCCGGAAAUGGAGGGAUGUGGAUUUUGCGAUGAGGGAAUUUGACAUUAAUGAAAUGUCCAGUACAGAGUGAGUAACAACUGGUUCAUCACCACCCUACUGUGUGAGCUAUUUCAUACACAAAUGCACAUUCCUAAAUACAUGCAGAAUGGGCAAAUGGCAGCACUUGCUUAAAGAGGGCUCUGCAGUCUUUCAUUCGUAAUUCUAUUAUGAAGGUUAUGCUAUCUUGUACUCAGUUCUAAGUGGAUGGAUGUAGAUAAUAAUGCUCUAAGAACUAUUGUAUUUCAUGCCAUGGCUGAUGGACUUUUUUUUGCCCAUUUUAUCUCAAUAGUCUGGCAUUCUUUUAUGUACACUCCCUCUUCAUUAUUUGUCACCUCCAACAGACUAGUAAGAACACUUCCUAAUUUGUAUUCUGACUGUAUGCUAAGUUAAGUCUUCACCUCUGCAAAAUAGUUUGUGUGGGAGGAAAAAAACAAAUUGAAUGCCUAAUCAAACUUAUUAGCUAAAACAUCUAGAUAGUUAGGUGCAAUUCUGUAAGUGAACAGUUGAAGUUGCAUGUUUUGCAUUGAUGUAUCUGUUUUGUUGCUAUUUGUUCAUGUUGCACUUUAUGCAGACCAUGUAGCCUGAACUCAUUAAAUCUUAAAUUCAAUUCA